AAGAUUUCUUCUAUAUAUCCUUAAAAUCCUCUCUCAGUUUCCUUACGUGAACCCUAAUAUCUCUUUAUCAGCUAAAUAAAAGAGCUACAAGUUAUCUUCCGACUCUAGAACUCCUAGAGCCAACAAAAUCAAAUACUUCAUCCAACUUUCUCUCCUCUCGAUUGAGUUUUAUCAAAUAAUAGUUUCUUAAUAAUCAGGAGAGAAUAUUUUAUUCCGUUUUGAUCGAUAAUCCAGCCUUAAUCCUUAGUUACCUGUGAGUAAGGGUUUAUACAUCGAUCAAUUUUUUGGAAUGGAUAAUCAAGAGGUUCCUAUGGAUGUUGAAGCCCAGAUCGAGAAUAAUAACGAUGAUCGUACCCUUCCUUUUUCAAUAUUUAAAAAGGCUAAUCUUCCUAUUACUUUAAAGUUUGAGAAUGUUGUGUACACGGUGAAGGUGAAGGAACCAAAGAGCUGGUUGAGUCAAACCAAAGUCAAAACCGAAGAGAUGACCAUCUUGAAAGGCAUAAACGGGAUCGUCAAACCGGGAGAGAUCCUAGCUAUGCUCGGUCCCUCGGGAAGUGGCAAGACCAGCUUGUUGACGGCUUUAGGUGGGAGGGUUAGUGAAGGAAAAGGGAAGCUCACAGGAAACAUAUCCUACAACAACAAGCCAUUCUCUAAAGGCGUGAAGCGAGCCACAGGUUUCGUGACUCAAGACGAUGCUCUUUACCCUCACUUGACUGUCACGGAAACUUUAGUCUUCACUGCCCUUCUCCGUCUUCCGAACUCUUUCAAGAAACAAGAGAAGAUCAAACAAGCUGAGGCGGUGGUCACUGAGUUGGGUCUAGAUAGAUGUAAGAAUACUAUCAUUGGAGAACCUUUCUUGAGAGGUGUUUCAGGCGGUGAGAGGAAAAGGGUUAGCAUAGGGCAAGAGAUUCUUAUAAACCCUAGUUUACUAUUUCUUGAUGAGCCUACUUCUGGUCUUGAUUCGACUACUGCUCAGAGGAUUGUGUCCAUUUUGUGGGAACUGGCUCGCGGUGGAAGAACGGUCGUGACAACAAUUCAUCAACCUUCUAGUAGGUUGUUUUAUAUGUUUGAUAAGAUCCUUCUCUUAUCAGAAGGCAAUCCGAUCUAUUUCGGGCUUGGAUCCAAUGCUAUGGAUUAUUUUGCUAGCGUUGGAUAUUCCCCAUCUGUGGAAAGGAUUAAUCCAUCAGAUUUUCUCUUGGAUAUCGCAAACGGUAUUGGAUCAGAUGAACUCCAAAGACCAGAGGCUUUGAAGGAAGCUCUGGUUGCGGUUUACAAGACAACUCUGUUGGACAAUGUUAUCAAUGAUCUUAAGGGAGAAGAUGCUCAAUAUUGUACUCUUCAAUCGAUAGAGAAUCUUGGAGAUUCCAAGCAUUUUGGGGACUGGCCAACUACUUGGUGGCAGCAGUUUUGUGUUCUCUCGGAGAGAGGCCUUAAGCAUAGGCGACACGAUUCUUUCUCUGGCCUAAAGAUUGGUCAGGUUUUUGUCGUGUCUCUCUUAUGUGGUCUCCUUUGGUGGAAAACGGACCUUUCUCACUUACAAGAUCAGAUAGGGCUAUUGUUCUUUGUGUCAUCCUUCUGGGCGUUCUUUCCUCUCUUCCAACAAAUCUUCACGUUUCCUGAAGAGAGAAGAAUGCUCGAGAAAGAACGUUCAUCGGGCAUGUACAGGCUCUCGUCUUACUUCAUGUCUCGAAUCGUCGGGGAUCUCCCGAUGGAGCUUAUUCUACCAACCAUUUUUCUCAUAAUCACAUAUUGGAUGGCUGGUUUAAACCCUAAACCUGUAAACUUCUUUCUGACCCUCCUGGUCCUCCUCGUCCACGUCCUUGUCUCUGGUGGGCUAGGACUAGCCCUAGGUGCCAUGGUGAUGGAUCAGAAGACAGCUACGACACUCGGGUCAGUUCUAAUGCUCGCGUUUUUGUUAGCAGGAGGAUACUUCGUUCGACAUGUCCCAGCCUUCAUCGCUUGGAUUAAAUACGUAUCAAUAAGUUACUAUACCUAUAAACUACUGAUAUUGGGUCAGUACACGGAGAGUGAGUGGUAUCCUUGUGGUGAAAAUGGGAACUCCAAGUGUUAUGUUGGUGAUUUUGAAGGUAUUAAGCUUAUAGGGUUUCACAGUGGGUUGGCCUCUUCCUUUGCGUUGGCUGUGAUGCUUGUUGGCUAUAGAGUUGUUGCCUAUAUUGCUUUGAUGAGAAUUGGUAAGACCAAGGCUGGCUAAUAUUUAGCUAUAUCCGCCAUAUUUUUUUGGGUUUUGGGAUUUUUUGAGUAUGAUCGAAUGUAUAAUAACUCCAAUAAGUUCUUAUUGCAUUACUGUUUUUCAUUAGAAUCUUUAAUAUAAUCUAUCUGUGAUGAAA